AUGGGACACUUACUUUCACAUCCAAUUGAGGAUAAGAAUCUCGAUUACAAAACGUACACGAGACUUUCAUAUUGUAUUGGAUCUAUGCAAGGAUAUCGUAUGAGUAUGGAGGAUGCCCAUGAUGCUAAGAUCAAUGAGGAUGAAACCAUUGCGGUAUUUGGAGUAUUUGAUGGACAUGGAGGACAACAAUGUGCUGAAUACUUGUCGCAUCAUUUGACCAAACAUAUUUUUAGGAGACUUAUAAAUCUUCAAGAAACCAAAAAGAGCAAGAGAGAUUAUGGGAAUAAACAAAUUAUCAAGAUACUAAAAGAUUCAUUUUUCAAAAUGGAUAAUGAUUUAUCCGAUUCUCAAAGCUAUGUCAAUUGUGGAUCAACUAGCGUGGUUACGGCAGUCAUUGACAAUAAGAUAUUUGUCGCCAAUACUGGUGAUUCGCGAUGUAUAUUAUCGACGAAUGAAGGAAAUGCCAAGACGUUAUCAUUUGAUCAAAAGCCAAGUGUUAUUGGAGAAAGAGUAAGGAUAGAGAAUAGUAAUGGAUAUGUGAUAAAUAAUCGAGUUAAUGAGAUCUUGGCAUUAAGUCGAGCAGUUGGGGAUUUCAAAUUCAAGACUCCAUAUCUUACGUCAACUUUAAACAGAUAUAUUCUUGAUAACAUUACUGAGAAAUAUAAAAAGGGUCAACAAGAGCAACAGAAGCUGCAACCAAACAGACGUAGUAGCAGUGACAGUAGCAACAGCAGUAGCAAUAACAACAAACUGCACCUAAAUAAUAACAAUAGUAAUUUAUCCCUGCUACAAAUAUCCGAUCACGAAUAUAUCCAUAUCCCACCAGAAUUAUUCCAAGUGACUGUUGAGCCAGAAAUUCUAAUAUUUGACAUGAAUGAACUACCAACACCCGAAUUCAUUGUUAUUGCGUGUGACGGAAUCUGGGAUUGUUUUAGAAAUGAUCAAUUAAUCAAACUAAUACGAGAUAAAUUAGUACUAGGUUGGAAAUUGAACAAGGUUGUUGAAUAUAUUUUAAAUGACAGUUUAACUAUGGCUAAUAAUUAUACUGGAAUUGGAUUGGAUAAUAUGACGUUAAUCAUAGUGGCUCUACACCCUGGUAAAAGCCUAGAAGAAUGGUAUAGCGAUAUGAUUUUUAAGAUUGAAAGGGAAAAGGGAUUGCAUUAG